GCGGGCAGGCGGGCGGCGUGGACGGCGCGGACGGCGGCGGCGGGGCUGGCGCCGCGGCAGCGGGCGGGUGGGCGACGCUGCCCCCGCCGCAAGACGUGCCGCGUGUGGGCGGUGCGCAUGUGGCGUACGAGAACGAGGCCCAGGCAAAGGCGGUGGAGGCGCGACUCAAGGCGCACACCCUCAAGCCAAAGGCUGAGCACGGCUCCAUCCUCGCCCUGCUGCUGCCGGCGCUGCCGUGCGCACGCGCCGGAGGGAUGCCGCCCGAGCAAAUCAGCCUGCAGCAGCCGCGCCGGACCGAGGCGCCGCCCGAGCAAGCGGCGGUUGGGCGGGGCG